ACUUUCGUUUCUUUGGAAAACAAAAGAGCUGGGUUGGGACUUGGGGGGAAAGAACUUCCGCAAGACCGCAGAAAUAGUCGACAAGCUCGCGCCGAGAUGACAGCAAAAGUGGCAAAUUUUAUCAAUCAGACUUUAUGUGACAACCAAGGCAGUUUGGACUUUGGAGUCCUGACUCGGAGACUGGAGCAAAACUUUACUGUUUCGCCGUCAAUUCUUCAACAGGUUUUUAGGGAUGAAGCCAGGAUUGCAGUGCAAAACGGCGUCCUUGCCGUCGCUGUUGGUCAAAUAUUAAGCCAAGACAGCGUGAUUGUGGCCAAAACAUCGCUACGGAUCUGCUCGAAGAAACCUGGCGAGUGUACUCAAUGUGAGAGUUUGCACUUGUGCAAGUUUUAUGUUUUGGGGACCUGCGUGUUUGGAGCGAAGUGUAAACGACCACACCUUUUGACUUGGCCACACAAUGCAGAACUGUUGAGGAAAUUUGACUUGCAGCACCUUUCAGAAAAACAACUGUUCCAGCUGUUAAUACAGAAUGACCCUUACCUUCUCCCUGAGAUAUGCUCAUACUACAAUAGGGGCGAGGGUGAAAGCGGUUUGUGCAAAUUCACUUCUGGGUGCCUCAAGCUUCACAUCUGCAAGGCCCAUUUCACCACAGGAGUCUGUAAACAAGGCUCGUCGUGUUCCAGAAACCACGGUUUUGAUGCAAUGACGCACAAGAGUUUUGAAAAAUUCAGUCCAGAGAUGAUCAAGAGUCUUCCAAAAGUCUACAAAAAUAAAUACAUCAUCGAGAAUCAUUGGAACGGCCCUGCUGCUGCUGCUGCUGGUGCUGCUGCUCCUGCUCCUGUGGUGAGACGUCCCGCUGGGUCAAUGGGUGCAACUAACCCAGUGAGUGAUUCUGAAACAAAAGAAAUCUGCCUAUACUUCAUCAAAAAAUUCUGCGCCUAUAAAGAGAAAUGUGUUCGUGUCCACUGGAGCUUACCUUACAGAUGGCAGGUUUUGGACAAGGACGGCUUGACCUGGAAAGACUUGACUGACAUGGAGGAGAUUGAAAAGGCCUACUGUGACCCAACAAAAGACUCAAGCUCCGCAGGCCAGCCCUUGAGUCUAACCGAGUUUAUAAGAUUAAAAAUCUUUGACUUUGCAGGCCAGUCUCGGGCAAGCGAAGUUGACUUCAUGUCGAUGACUUGCAACGGCUCUCCCGUGCGUCGCCUGUCCACAGCCUCCUCUGUGAUGAAGGCCCGUCACUUCAUUCUGACAACACAGUGGCUCUGGUACUGGCAGGAAGACAUCGGCAAAUGGCAUGAGUUUGGUCAGAGCCAGGUUAACAUGCCGACAGCUCCCACGUCUGAAGCGCUGGAGAAUGCUUACUUGGUAGACCAGAAGACGGAAAUAACUUUCACAACGGGCGGACAUCAGUAUGUGCUCUACUUCAAAAAUGAAGCGGGAACUCCACUGAUGUAUCAGCAAAAUAUAAAAUAUUCCACCAAGCGAGAGGUCCGAAGAAGGCCUCGCUUUGUGUCCUCCAAUGAAGUGGAGGUCAUGCGGAACAGCCCCAGAGUUGUCACAGCGGAAUGCCCUCCCCAUUGGGACAAGACUGCCCUGCCUGACAUUGGAUACAAGUUUGUGGAUCUUCCCAAAUCUACAGAGUACAACAGGAUUGAAAGUUUGUUCAAAGCAACGAUGCCAAAGAGUAGGAUCCAGAGUGUCAAGAGGAUCCAGAACCCUUCUCUGUGGACACGCUUUCAGUUGCAGAGAGACCAAAUGAAGAAGAGGAAUGGGGGGAAACCUGUAAUUGAGGAGUACUUGUUCCACGGGACAAACGAGAACUUGAUCGAAGCCAUCUGUGAACAAAACUUUGACUGGAGGAUGAACGGCAGCCACGGCACCGCCUUCGGCAAAGUCAGGGGACUCCUACAGUGAUGGGGAACAUGUGAUGAAUGGCCAAAUCUUCAGCAUGAAUACGAACAACAAGCAAGGAAACAAGCUUACAUGUUUGCUGAAGAAGUCAUCCACCUCCUCCUGGACUCGGCACUGACACUCCGGAUGGAUUGCCAGCAGGUAGCAGGUGAAGCCCAACGUGUUGCUGCUAGUCUCGUGGCCAGCCAGCAGGAAGACAAAAGCUUGGCCGACAAUUUCAUCUUCUGUUAUCACUUUUUUUGACGGACGUCGGGUGGAUGACUCUGGAAGGGGGAGACUAGACUCUGGACUAUCUGACUCAGCACUGUGGCUUGCUGCAUCAGAGUGUUCCAAAGACACCGCAGCCUCCUUGCUGCUGCGUGCAUCCAACAUCAGCUGAAGGAAAUCUCGCCGCCUCUACAUAUAGAUUCAUUCAACAACAACAAAAAAUACUCAAAAAUUUUGUUCUAUAAUGGUGAGAGUUCGUUUUAGAAAAUCUUCCCAGACCUGGUCAGGAGGUUGCUCCUCCCUCCGUCUAAUGAUUCCCCGAAUACUGUUGAUGAAGAAGUUGUUCAUUUGGUGGCGACGUUUGUUAGGAAUGAUUCCCACCAGUGGAGCCAUAAUGUGUGGAAAAGCAACUGCACAAAUUAAUAAAUUACAAACAUUUGAAAUGUUAAGUUUCCCAUACUGGUUGGAGGGAAAAUUAUAAUUGCCAAAUGAAGAGUUUAAUGCCUAGUGUGCAGAUUUGUUUGCCCAUAGGUCACCAACUAAUAGCAUCUUGUGAUGGAGGUUUAUUUUUGUAUAAUUAACUCCCAAAUACAAUUAGUAAAGUACCAUGGGUCCAUAUUGUGUACUGCACAUGCUCUGGUCCUUUUUUUGCUUCACCGCGAUCUUGUGGCAUAUAAAUGUUCUUACAACCCCUUUUAGGAGGGGUGUCAAUUAGUUGUGAAUUUUUACUAUUCGCAGUAGCGGUUGGUCCUGUGAUAUAUUGCAGAUAUCUAUACCUUGUUGGAACAAAUUUGAACAAUGUCUCAGUACACACACGUGUUCUCUUAAUGUCAUAAUCACAUGAUAAAACAGAAUUUCCUUACGGAAACAAAGCAUGAAGGGCCUGAAGAAAGAAAAGGAGAAGAACAUCUGAGCGUGACGGACAAAUGGGUCGUCUGGGUUGUUUUGAGAGUCCACCUGAGUUGCAAACGCCACGCUGCCGAUUACAUCCAUAGUGUAGCAGCCAAAACACCUGGUAUGGAAAGUGGAGAGAAAUUGCAUUUUAUUUUCUGAAUUGCCCGUCUUCUCAUGUGUAUGAGAUUUGCAUCCAUCUACCCAUGAAUGUCAAAGGGUUCCCCUGACUCAGCAUAGACGUCCAGGUUUUUCAUUAGGCCAGUUGUGGCUGUUUGGAUGAGUGGAACCAUCUACCGUAACAAACAAGACUUACUAUAACUCAUAACAAAUUUUCACAACAACUAACAAACAUUUUUGGCCAUGCACUAAGUCAGCCAAGAUGUGUAUCUUGAUUAGAUUUACAAAUGCGUUUUACUUUUUUCUUCCCUGUGGUAUCACCUUGUAUUCAAAAUCUUCAUUUGAACCUUACCUCUUUCAUUUUGGCAGCACUGAAGGACGGAGUCAAUAUACUGCGGACUCUUUUCCACUGCUCAUUCUUUAACAUGAGCAGACAAUCGCUCAUAGGUUUGUUGGCAAAGCGAUUAGUCUGUAAUGAAGGGUACAACAUUUGAUCAAUUACGUUGACUGACUAACUUCUCAGUGGCAUCAGCACUUAACACACAAAGUACACUCAUUUACCAGACACUAUAUCAUGUUCCUCACAAUCAAAUAAGAUUUGGCUCUCAGUGUGAUGAAGUUCUACAUUCCAAAGCAAAUUAUCACCACAACAGUGAAAAUAUUCUCAAAAUGAAUCUGACAGCGCCAAUUAAAACAAAGACUUAUCUUUUAAAAAGAAACACUGAUAAGCUAUUUAUUGCCUCUCAUUUUGUUGUACUGGUAUACCUAAUUUUAUGACUGUAGAGAAAAAAAACCCAUCUCCAUCUCAGCAUGUAUACAUUGAGUUUGCAAGAGAAGAAAUCACAUGUCACAUGAUGUUCUUCAUGUGCUCACCAUUCUGUUUGGAAAGCUGCUGAAGUCCCUCACCAUCACUUGUCUGAGCAUGUCAGGGUCCGCCACGACCACCACUGGUCUCCUUCCCAAAUAAUACCUAAAACACAGUGAGCAAAAUGUGGUGUCUCGAACACUGAACUCCGAUUUACUGUACGUGAGAGACGAUGCUGGACAAAAUGUUUUGUAACUACCCGCAAACUCGACCAUAUGUCUUUAUGAGUUCGGACACAGGCUGGAAAAAACCCUGAAAUGAUGGAACAAAAGCGAUUAUAAGAGUUGCAUGCAAACACCACCCAUUGACCUCAAAUAUAAUAAUAUAAAUAAAUAAAUUAUAUAUAAAAUAUAUAAAACAUCCACACUAAUUUAGUUUGAUACUCUAAAUAAAUAAAAUAAAUAAAUAAACUUGACUUAAAUUAUCCAUAAGUGUCAAUAUUAUGCUUGGAUAUAAAAAUGGGGAAAGUGGAUGGAUGACAGUAUGCCUACUUCUACAUUUUGUUGUAUUCUCAGUUUUACCAUCCAUCCAAAUCCUUGAGGAGUUGCUCUAAAAAUGUUUCUGUACCUGACGAAACAGGAAAAGAUUGCCGAAGAAGGGAACUGGUUUUGGAUGUUUGAUUCCACAUUGACUGAGGACUGAGAAGGGGUAAACUGAAUACCUGUGGGGGAAAAUACAAAAA